AUGAUGGGGUGGAAUAUGCAUUCUUGGUCUUGUUGCAUCUUCUUCGUUUGCCUUUUCAGCUUGAUGGGUUUCUUUGUUACUUCUUCCUCUGCUUCCACUUUCCUUUCAGAUUCUGUCUUUGAAUCGCGUUCUGCUGUUGGAAGGAAUCUACUCCAAGCUAGAAAAGCAUGCCCUGUGAACUUUGAGUUCAUGAACUACACUGUUAUCACGAGCCAAUGCAAAGGACCGAGCUACCCUCCCAAGGAAUGUUGCUCGGCAUUCAAGGACUUCGCCUGCCCUUACAACGAUGUGUUGAAUGAUGUGACCAACGACUGUGCAUCGACCAUGUUCAGCUACAUCAACCUCUACGGCAAGUAUCCCCCUGGUCUUUUCGCCAGCGAGUGCAGGGAAGGUAAAGAAGGCCUCUCUUGCCCUGCACUUUCACCUUCACAAUCCGCCAAUGACAGUGGAAGUCAUGAUUUACGCGGCAACCGAUCAACACUGCUGAUACUCUCAACUGGGUUGCUAGUCAUUUUGCUUCCGUUACUUUGA